UGAGUCAUAAAGUUUAAUGUCCUGCCCAAAGUUUAGACUCGACUGGGGCGAAACUUUUUUUCCCCCUCUGUCUCCCUCCGCCAAAGUGAGCAGCGGAGAUUUAUCCCACAAGCAACCAGCGGGCUCAAUUCCGGCACAAACAACAACUUUCAGAACUCAUUGUUGUUUUCCCCGCUUGUCGUCGUUCGACAUUUUGAGUUGGAAAAGUUUUAGAACGGGACGGAGGACGGUAAGAGUGCCAGAUAUGCGCUUUGUUGUCUCCUGGAGAAUGCCCGCAAGAGACAACCGCAAAACUUCGACUUCGUGUGCACACUUCGACAGCUAACAAACAACUUUUUUUUGUUGUGGGGGAAAAAAGUUUAGGAUGAGCCGGGACAACUUUUACUGAGCGCUGUCGACAUUCUUGCACAUUUCCUGCUGCGUGAAAAUCUCAGGAAAACAAACUCGGGAUUAGAUUCUUUUUUCCCCUCUCUUUCGGGGGUUGUUUUUUUCCCCUCAACUUUCGUUCGACUUUUUUGGGGCCAAUGGAACCGAGCCAGCACAACCCUCCGGCCGGACACCAGGUCGUCCACGUCCGGGGCGACUCGGAGACAGACCUGGAGGCUCUCUUCAACGCCGUGAUGAACCCCCAAAAUAACGUGUCCACCUCGCUGCCUAUGAGGAUGAGAAAGCUGCCUGAUUCCUUCUUCAAACCACCCGAGCCCAAGUCCCACUCCAGACAAGCUAGCACAGAUGCGGGCACCGGCGGCACGCUCACUCCGCACCAUGUCCGCGCCCACUCUUCGCCCGCAUCCCUGCAGAUGGGCGCCGUCUCUGCAGGCUCCCUGUCUGGCAUGCCGCCAGCGGGCGCCUCUCCCCAGCACCUGAGACAGUCUUCAUACGAGAUCCCCGACGAUGUGCCUCUGCCACCGGGGUGGGAGAUGGCCAAGACCGCCUCGGGCCAGAGAUACUUCCUCAACCACAUUGAUCAGACCACCACUUGGCAGGACCCCCGCAAGGCCUUGCUCCAGAUGAACCAGGCUCCGCCACCCAGCUCCGUGCCAGUUCAGCAGCAGAACCUAAUGAACCCGGCCAGUGGUCCCCUCCCUGAAGGCUGGGAACAAGCGAUUACAUCAGAGGGUGAAAUUUACUACAUCAACCACAAGAACAAAACCACUUCCUGGCUGGACCCACGACUCGACCCCCGCUUUGCGCUGAACCAGCAGAGGAUUUCCCAGAGUGCACCUGUGAAGCAGAGUGGUCAGCUGCCCUCUGCCGCCCUCGGUGGCGUCAACCAGCUAAGGCUGCAGAAGAUGGAGAAGGAGAGGCUGAGGCUGAAACAGGAGCUGUUGAGGCAAAGACCGCAGGAGCUCGCUCUGAGGAACCAGCUUCCCACCAGCAUGGAGCAGGAUGGUGGCACCAACCCCGUGUCCUCCCCGAUGGCCCAGGACGCCCGCACCAUGACCGCCAACAGUUCAGACCCAUUCCUCAACAGCGGGACGUACCACUCCAGGGACGAGAGCACAGACAGCGGCUUGAGCAUGAGCAGCUACAGCGUCCCUCGUACUCCCGAUGACUUCCUUAACAGCGUCGACGAGAUGGACACAGGGGACCCGCUCCCGACCUCCAUGGGCACGCAGCCCAGCCGCUUCCCCGACUACCUGGACGCCAUUCCGGGCACAGACGUGGACCUUGGCACCCUGGAGGGCGAGAGCAUGGCAGUGGAAGGCGAGGAGUUGAUGCCCAGCCUGCAGGAGGCGCUGAGCUCCGACAUCAUCAACGACAUGGAGUCGGUGCUGGCGGCCACCAAGAUCGACAAGGAGAGCUUCCUCACGUGGUUAUAGAGGGGGGAGCCCGUCUUCCUCCUCUUUCCAUGCUUUCGACACGAGACAUUUCAGCGAGCCUGUCUGGACUUUCCCGUUUUCUAUGGCAGUAUUCUUCUCGUCUCUUACCGUCUCUUCACUCUUUUGACUUGUCUGCGUCUUCAAGGCUGGCCCAUGAGCAGACAGUUACGCAAAGGGUCCCCCGAAACUCCAUCUCGGGCUCUCCUGAGGUUAGCUUUACCUUCUGCCUUUUAGUUUGGAACCAAAAAUGAUGUAUUUGACAAACAAUACGGAUUUGGAGUCAAGGUAUCAGGAGGCCACCGUGUUAGGACAGGUGAAGGUUUUUCGUGGGGGAGUUAGCAAAGCCCGACCACAUCGCUGCUUGGCUGUGCCAGCGUGUCUAAGUUAAACUUUUUCUUCUUGUUGUCGUUAGAUCAAGUGCCUUCAGCUUUUGUUUUAAGAACGCGAGCAACACGAACAACUUUCUUCACUUUCUCAUGUUCUUAAGUUGAUUUAUAAACGCAUUUUAACGGGAUGUAGGGAUUUUUUUAGCGUCCGUAUCGCAGUCUUACCGGCUUUUAUCCCUAGUUUAGUAUUCUUUGACCUUUUUUUAGACAACAAAAUGUGUUUUGAUAGCUGAGAUUCUUAUUAUUGUUUGCUUCUUUUUUCUUUUUGACUUUACCACAUGAAGAAAAACAUUGAUGAUUGGCUUUUGGCGCCACGCCUCAUUGUUUAAACGCAACGAUUACAAGCUCAUGUCUUUCCACGAUAAGUAUUCCUUAACUUAACCAAAAGAAAACGUGAAUAAAAAAAGAAAUUCAUAGUCGGAAUGAUGCGAAAAGAUGUUUUAGGGCAGCUCGGACGUGUCGGAGCAGGUUUGAGUCAUGUCGAAGGUUGAGGUCUGUUCGAGGGCAGCCGAGGUUCGCCGUUUUUCUUUUUUUGGGAGGAAUAAUUAAGAAACAAUCAGUUAUGAUCUCAGUCAGGAUUGUUGUGGCAGAUUCCAAAGAUGUUGUUGUUUGUAAUGACAGUUACUUUGCUUCCAGUUUCACAGUGAUUUGUUAAUCAGCCUGUGUAUGAACAAAAUGUAUCAUAAGCUAGCGAGAAGAAGAAAAAACAAAUGGUAGUGGGUUUACCGGAGAGAUUUCUUUUCUUUCUUUUUAGUUUUCAGACAGUGACGGGCGUUUUGAGUGACUAACUCUGACAUUUUUAAGGAUUUUGUGAUUUUUUUUUUAGUUUUCACCGUGUUUCUGAUGUUUACGCCACGUCUUUGCGCAGAUUUGAGCUCUAACCUUAAGUAUCCUUUGGUAGCAUUAACUUUGGAACUUGAUGGAACAAUUUUAUAUCGAGCAAAGAACUUUUUUUUAUAUAUAUAUAUUUACACACCUUGUGAGAACCUCCUUUCUAGAAUUGAAUUUACUGUUCGGUUAAAUCGAUGAAUUAUAAGAUGGACAACAGUGUUGGUUAGAACAAUGCAAUAACAACAACAACAAAAAGUACACUACAAGUGCUUGUAUUGCACGGCUACGCUUUUCAGUUUGGAUGCAACUCGGCGUUGGUUUUAUGCUUCAUUUAGCGCAGAACUGUCAUCACGUAAAUUAGUUUGACUGUCGUUGUAGCCGUAGAAUUAAUUACACCAAGUAAGAACAAAAAAAUUUGGUAUUUAGAAUUUUCUAAAUGCGCACGGAAUUAAUAUUCAACGAUGAUCUGUUUUUUUUUUUGUUUUUGUUUUUUGGUAGAUAUGUGCAUGUGUUUUAGAACCAUAAAAUCUGUUACAUUAUAAAUAUAUAUAUAAAUAUAUAUCUCUUCAUAUACAAACGUUUAAAUUGGCUUGAAAUAAAGUAUAUACU